UGGGGAAGGGUAAGCGGGAAGCGAGGGCGAGGGGUAGGGGCUGGGGAAGGGCGAGCGGGAGGCGCGGGCUCUCUCUAGCAGGGGGCUGCAGCCAUGAAGAGGCUCUUAGCUGCCGCUGGCAAGGGCGUGCGGGGCCCGGAGCCCCCGAACCCCUUCAGCGAACGGGUCUACACUGAGAAGGACUACGGGACCAUCUACUUCGGGGAUCUAGAGAAGAUCCAUACAGCUGCCUCCCGGGGCCAAGUCCGGAAGCUGGAGAAGAUGACAGUAGGGAAGAAGCCCGUCAACCUGAACAAAAGAGAUAUGAAGAAGAGGACUGCUCUACACUGGGCCUGUGUCAAUGGCCAUGCAGAAGUAGUAACAUUUCUGGUAGACAGAAAGUGCCAGCUUAAUGUCCUUGAUGGCGAAGGGAGGACACCUCUGAUGAAGGCUCUACAAUGCGAGAGGGAGGCUUGUGCAAAUAUUCUCAUAGAUGCUGGUGCUGAUCUAAAUUAUGUAGAUGUGUAUGGCAACACGGCUCUCCAUUAUGCCAUUUAUAGUGAGAAUUUGUUAAUGGUGGCAACACUGCUGUCCUAUGGUGCAGUCAUCGAGGUGCAAAACAAGGCUAGCCUCACACCCCUUUUACUGGCCAUACAGAAAAGAAGCAAGCAAACUGUGGAAUUUUUACUAACAAAAAAUGCAAAUGCAAACGCAUUUAAUGAGUCUAAAUGGUAUGGUAGUUCUUUUUUUUUUACUAAAAAACACUUGACUAGUGUUCUAGAGUAAUAAUGCUCAAGUCAGAAAUAUUAAAUUAACAACAUUUAGUUAAAAUUAUUAGAUUAUAGUGAAACAUAUCAACACAAAUUAUCAGAAGAAAAGCAAUUAUUUGGACUGGUCAACAUAAAAAACAGUAUAUAGUAGGACUUAUAUAAACCAAGUACCACAUCUUCUCACUUAUAAGUGGGAGCUACACUGAGUAUAUAUGGACACAAAGAAGGGAGCAACAGAUACUGGGGCCUACAUGAGAGUGGAGGGUGUAAGAAGUGAGAAGAUUGAAAACUGCUUACUGGGUACUAUGCUUAUUAUUUGAGUGAUGAAAUAAUCCUUACACCAAACCUCCGUGACAUGCAACUUACCUGUAAAACAAACCUGCACAUGUACCCCUGAACCUAAAAUAAAAGUUAAAAAAAAAG